AUGUUUGUCGCUCGGUGGUUUGUCGGAGAGUCGGAGAAGGUCGAUCCUGCACCAAACUUCUGUAAGGAACGGGAAAGGUGGGGACGGCUCCAGGCUUACGUAACGGGCGCAAUAAUUGCAAGGGAGACGGUAUUUUUACUCGGGACGACGAAGAUGGACGCGAGCUGA